CCGGGUUGAGUGAAACGAAUUGGCCCAAAAAAAAAAAAAAAAAGACAACUUUCCCGGUUUUUUCAAAUUUUUCAUUCAACGGGGUUCUUUGGUUCCAAAAUACUAAGUGUUUGCAACGUAUUUUUCAUAUCUGCAGAUGUAAAUACUCCUUGAUCUUCAAAUUAUUCAUAUUCUUGGAUCAACAUGCUGGAUUUCAAUGAAGCAGCUAUCACUGUGCUUGUUUCUCUGUCUGGUUGGUGGGUCAUCACCACAUACUUGAAGAAAAGAAAUAUAAAGAAAAGAAUUGCAAAUAAACAGAAAGAAUGUACAACUUCACUGAGCAAACUUGAAGGAUACAUCAAAGAAAAUGGGUUGUCCAGGAAGAAACAAGAAGAUAUACUGAAACUAAAGUUUAUGGACCUACAUACUAGAAUUCAGAGGGGGCAGCUGAAGUCGGAGGAUGUACUGAAAGCAUACCAGGCAAAGGCUAUUGAAAAGAAUAAAAAUUUAAACUUCAUUGUGGAACCAGUAUGGGAAGCCAUACCAUUGGCUGCUGUAUGUGAUCUAGAGAAGAAAAAGGGAUUGUUGCACGGUGUUCCAGUCAGCAUUAAAGAAAACUAUUUUAUGAAGGGAUAUGAGAGUACUGGUGGUAUGAGUCCACUUCUGGAUAAACCAGCUAAGGAGGAUGGUGUACUUGUCAAAGUAUUAAAACACCAAGGAGCUGUGCCGUUUGUACGAACAAAUAUUCCACAGUCUAUGAUGACGUUUGAAUGCUCAAAUCCCAUUUAUGGUACCACUGUCAAUCCACACAACUUGAAACGGGGACCAGGAGGUUCAUCAGGGGGUGAGGCAUGUAUUUUAGGGGCAGAGGCAUCCAUUCUAGGUUGGGGAAGUGAUAUUGGAGGCAGCUUAAGAAUUCCGAGCAGUUUCUGUGGAACUUGUAGUCUGAAACCAACUGCAGGCAGGUUAAGUUUGAAAGCGUGUGAAGAGUUAGAUGGUGGCAGAGUGCAGACACUCAUUAGACCCACACCGGGACCAAUGGGUAGAGAUGUUGAUACAGUGGUUAUGGGUAUGAAGGCAGUAUUGUGUCCUAAACAUUUUGAACUAGAUCCUGAUGUACCACCAUUACCUUUUAAUACAGAGGUAUAUGAAUCAGACAGAAAAUUACGUAUAGGAUAUUAUACAAAUGAUGGUUAUGUUCAGUGUAUACCAGGUGUAGAGAGGGCCGUACAUGAAGCUAAAGCUGCUCUUGAGAAAAUGGGUCAUACGUUAGUGCCAUUUGAAGUUCCAAAUGUUGAAAAAAUGUUUGGUGAAUUCUUCUCAAAGGCAUGUUUUGGUGAUGGUGGACAACAUUUUCUGGAUUUGAUGGACAAUGAUAUGGUUGAUUCUUCUAUUCAACUUCUCUAUUAUGUGUACAAACUUCCAUCCUUUAUGCAGACCAUGUUGUCAUAUAUUGCCAGCUUCAUUGCAAAGGAUAGGAUUCUAGGUCUUCAGAUGAGAUCAAUGCAGGGAGUAAAGUGUGUGAGAGAUUGGUGGGCACUAGCGGGACAGAUUGAGACAUACAGAAAGGAAUUCCUCUCACAAUGGAAAUCUAAAAAUCUUGAUGCCAUAGUAUGCCCUACCAUGCCAUUUGUAGCUCCACCUACAGGGACUGUUAAAUAUUUAAUAGGUGGUGUGACUUACACAACAUUAUAUAAUGUAUUGAACUAUCCUGCCGGUUGUGUUCCUGUUACCAAGGUAACCGCUGUUGAUCAGAAGAAUAUGGAAAACUAUCCAAACAAGACAGGAACAGAAAAAUUCAUCAGAAAGUACUUCAGUUCAGACACAGGAGGUUUACCAGUAACGGUGCAGUGUGUAGCAUUACCUUAUCAGGAAGAGCUAGCGUUACGAGUCAUGAAAGAACUUGAAACAGGUCUCGAGCAACAGAGGAAAUGAAAAUAUGAAAAUAUUGUAGAAUUUAUUUAAAGAAUUAUUUUUGAACUUCCUUUUAUUCCUAUUUUUAUUCAUUAUACAUUAUUAGAUGUAAUUAAUACAGUACACAGAUGUAAUCAGUAAGAAACCAGUGAGAUUGCUUUUAACUGUUAUUUUUUUGUGACUUGAUUUUAUUUAUAAAAAAAAAAAUCCACAGAAAAUCCAACAGAGUCAAAAGUAACCAGCAUUCUACAUGUAAAAACAACAGUUUUAUUGAGAGAUAUAUAUAUUUUUUUUUUUAUCGAAAAACUUUGAAAUCCACAAAAUUUAAGAAUCCAUGAAUUAACUGUUUUUGUCAAAACUAAGAUAUUUGAUGCAAGUGAAAUAAACAUUGAUAGAUUGAAGUUGGAUUUAGAGGCAAUUAAAUUACAACUGGUUUUCUGACAUAUCAGAGUUGAUGGGAUAAGCCUAAUAGCCUCUGGGCGAGAGUAAAAUUUCAGUUUGGAGGAGUUUUUGGUUCAGAGGGGUUUUGUUGUUGGAAUGUGUAUCUAGCAUUACAUAUAUCAUGACAUAAUUAGCAAGCAAACUGACACAAUUUUAAUCCUUAUCUUGUUUAGUUCUGUAUGAAACAACUUCAUUAAGUAUUUGAUGGACAUAUGCUACCAAGUAGAAUACUGGUAAAUUCUGGUAAUCAUAAUUUAAGGCAAGUACGAAAGUUCAGAUUUCCUUGAAGAUUGCAUUAAAUUGUAUUUUUCUGUUGACAUGAGAUUACCAAACUUUGUGACCACAAAAGUAGUGUAGUGUGGAGGGGUUUCCAGUAUUCAGGGCUUCCAGUUUAGAGUGGUUUUACUUAAAUUACCUGAAAUGAUGAUGGUGAUAAGUUACUGAAAACCCCAUUUAUGAUAUAUUUGUCAGUGAAUUAUCAUAAUAUUAGAGUGAAAAAUAUCUGGUCUUUUCACAAUGAAAAUUUUUGAAUAUAUUUUCAGCGGUAAGAAACUAUAAAAUUGGUAAAUACAAUCAAAGCAUGACAUGAAAAGAAAAGUUGUUUGUUUUACAUGUAAGAUGGAUAAAAAUCUUUCAGUUAUGAACACCAUAUCUUAUAUAUUUUCAAUUGUGGCUACUUCACUCGUGAAAUUAUUGCAUCUAAUGUUGACUUGUGAAAGAUAUUUCAAUCUUGCACUGAAACAAACAAAAUUUAUAAUUAAUAUCCUCUAUGUGUUUGACUGUAUCUUAAUAGUAACACUAAAUAGCUUGAGCAUGACAAUAUUUAACUGCAUUUAAAAAGCCAAAGUUUGUAUAGUAGUUAUUUGGUCUGUGGCAGGGAUCCCAGUGUUAAUGUAACAAGGUCAUAUAUAUUUACAUGCUAAAAGGUUGGACACACAUUACCUCAUACUUAGAUAAAAGAUGUGCAAUUUUAUGAAAAGCAUUUUUAUACAUCUUUCCAUUUUCAUCUUUUUCAUCUUCAAGUUCGUCUUAACCCUUACCCUGCUAAAUUUUUACAAUGAACUUGUCCAUCUUUCAAAUUGGACAGUUCCAUUAACUGAUAAAAGGGGUGCUUACCAAAAAGAUAUUGACUAAAUGACAAACAUUGCAGAUCUUGAUGAGACUGCAUGUAUGUGCAGGCUGAUCAUGAUCUACCUGGUCGCAAAGGCAGAAUCAAUUGUGUCCAGCAUGAUAAAGUUAACACGUUUUGUGAGUACAGUUUAGGGAAAAAAACAUUUUUCAAGUCAUCACAGUCAACACAAAGUGUAGUAUGGUUAUACCCAUGUUAAGCAGCCAGCCAAGGUAGCAACACAAACUGGCUGCUAAAUGCAUGUUAGAAUUGGAGCCGAAAGUCACUUUGGGCGGUAGCUGACUGGCAAAUGGUUGCUUAAUACAGUUGGCCGCUAAAACAGGUUCAACGACAGUUCUGUUAAGUGGGCCUUGUAUCUUAAAUGGAAGCAUUCAGUUCUUGGUUGUCUGUCAGAAUAUAUGAUCUCAUGAAGUCUGAAAAAAGGCAGGUAAAAAUCUUGCAAUUUUGUAAAGGUUGUGCAAACCAUGAUAGUCAGUAUUUAUGUCCUACCAUUGUACAUAUUAUAUACACAAUAUAGAAGGCAGGGAUUUGUAUUCUGUACAACUUCUCAUAUGUGAUGAGUGUAAAUGCAUUAAGUCCUGGGUAAACGUCUGUUUCAUAUAUGAUUGUAGACGGAGAUUUUAGGUGUAAUUUUUUUUCAUCAAUGUUUUAUCUCUGUGCAAGUCAUUAUUUUAACUGGCGACCAUACACUGCUUUUCAUUGAAUUGGGCUCUGUUUAUCAUUGAAGAUUCUAUGUACACCGCUUUAUAAAUAAUCUGCGGGUUUCUCUAAAUAUUAGUACAUGUAACAGUGGAAAUGUUGAGCUCUGCUCAAUCAAAGGCUAAAAGGCAUGGACGGUUGCUUGCAUUUCCAUUUUACUAAUUUUUUUAGGCCUCAUGACUGGUAAAUGACUCAUAAUUAUUGAUUUGAGGUCAGUAUGUCAAGCGUCCAGGGCACAGUGACCAAAUAAUUUCUUUUCCUUGUGCAGUUACUGAAUUCAUCAAGGGGUUGGAGGCCUUUUGUGUUCUACAAGCUCUUGUUCACAUGUGUUUACAAUUUACACAGAACAUGGGUUUUCAUAGAAAAGUGGCAAUUAAUUUCGUGUUCUACGAGCUCUUGUUCACAUGUAUUUACAACUUACACAGAACAUGUGUUCAUAGAAAAGUGGCAUUUAAUGUCGUGUUCUACGAGCUCUUGUUCACAUGUAUUUACACUUUAUACAGAACUUGACUUUUAUUGUGUGUUCAUAGAAAAGUGGCAUUCAAUUUAUGGAUUAUUGCAUUUGUAUUAUCACAAGUCAGUCAAAAUGUGUUCAGAAGAAGUGAUUGGCAGGAGUAGAACUGUUUUCAAAAUACAUCCAUCUAUUUUUUAGCUCAACUUUUCGUAGAAUAGAUAAAGCUAAUGCACUCACCCAUUUGGUUAAGUUUGCAGUGCACAGAUUCCAUAACUGUAUUUUUGAGUUUUACAAAGUUAUGCUGCUUUUUAUACUUUUGUAUUCAGUCAUUUAACUUUCUUUAGUGACGAGGCUGUCAUACUUGAAUUAGAAUUAUGCUAAUGGUGAAUAUUUACUGGAGGAUUAAUUUACGUGAGAUGUAAGGCUGCGGGAAUAUAGCGAAAAUUAAACCCUUGAGUAAAUUUCUGCUUUUACUGUAUUAUAUAUUUCCACCAAUAUGUUGACAAAAAGAUGUAUUCUGACAUUUCAGUAUGUUAUAUACAGCAAUUUGUUUAAACUUGUGUGAAAUUUCUUAAAUGUACAGUUGUAAUAUGAAACAUUGCUAAAAUAUUGAGUAGGUCAAGAUGUUGGUUCCAAUCCUCUAGUGUACUUAUUCAACCACAAGUUUAUAGUUUUGUAUUUAUAAUUAGAAUAACUCCGUUGGGAAUUCCAUUGCUUGCAUGGCCCACUUCCAUCAUUUUAGAACCAAAAACUCUUCUUUUUCCAUUUUCUCAUAUUUCAUGCUUUUAGAAAGUUUUUUUCUUUAUCAUCAUUUUCAUGCAUAUUUCAUUUAAAUUAUUAAUAUUAUGCAUGAAUUCCAUAUGAUUGCAUAUAUUUUAUAGCUUUACCCUUUUAUGUUGAUUUGUUCAUGAGUUUUAAACUUUUCUUUUUGUGAUCAUUUGAUUUUUGCAUUGUACAUGUUUGUAUGUGUUCUUAUAUUAUUUUGAGGGAAACUAUAUCUCCUGCCAAGACAAUCACUGUCAGUAAAUAUUUUACAGAACAAAAUUGAUACUGCCUAGAUUUUAAUAUUUAAAAGGGACUCUAGUUCUAGUUGGAAACAACCACUGUUAGUUUGUGUUCAUGUGAAAAGAAAUAGGUGGCAGGUAAUGAAGUAUUUUUUAAUAUUAAUCUUUAAUAAUAAUAAUAUAUAUAUAUAUAUAUAUAUAUAUAAAGAUGUUUUUGCAGACAUCCAAAUGUAUGUUUUCUAGUGCUUUUCAGUCUGUUUUUAAAGAAAUUGUAGGUACUUGAGUUAUGAAAGGUAUACUAUAGUGUGUAUCAUUACAUGACACCUUAUUAGCUCCACUAUUCGGAGAAUAGUGGGGCUAUACAACUCAACCCGGCGUCGGCGUGACCCUUCUUGGUUAAAAGUUUUUCGGCAACCUUUGUUUUUCUGUCAUAUCUUUGUUACUAUUGCUUAUAUCUUACUGUAACUUCACAUAACAUUGUCCAGUAAACAAACAAUGUAUGUAUAUGGGCUGAGCCCAUUAUACCCAAGGUCAAGGUCACCAAGCUGUUGUACAUAGGUUAUUUUAAAGGUUAAAGUUUUUCGGCAACCUUUGUUUUUCUGUCAUAUCUUCGUACUAUUGCUUAUAUCUUACUGUAACUUCACAUAAACAUUGUUCAGUAUACAAACAAAGUAUGUAUAGGGGCUGAGCCCAUUAUACCCAAGGUCAAGGUCACCAGGGUGUUAUACUUAGUUUGUAAGGUUAAAGUUUUUCGGCAGCCUUUGUUGUUCUGUCAUAUCUUUGUUACUAUUGCUUAUAUCUUACUGUAACUUCACAUAAAGAUUUUCCAGUAUACAAACAAAGUAUGUGUAGGGGCUGAGCCAAUUAUACCCAAAGUCAAGGUCACCAAGGUGUUAUACUUGGGUUAUUUUUAAGGUAAAAGUCUUUCGGCAACCUUUGUUUUUCUGUCAUAUCUGUGUUACUUUUGCUCAUAUCAUACUGUAAGUUCACAUAAACAUUGUCCAGCAUACAAACAAAGUAUGUGUUGGGCUGCAAGGUCAAGGUCACCAAGGAGUUAUACUUUGAAUUAUUUUCAUGUUAAAUUUUUUGAAAGCUUCGUUUCUAGACAUAUCUUUGGUACUUUAAAAGAUAAUGACUUGAAAUUAAAAGUAUUUGUUUAUAAUCAUCUGCAUGUGUGGCUACAUACCCCAUAACUCUAAUUGUGUUUUUGACAGAAUUAUGCCCCUUUUGUAUUUAAACUUUUUUGCAAUCUUCGCUUUCUGGAUACUACUUUAAUGCAAUAUAAGAUAAAGACUUGAAACUUAAAAUCUAUCUUUAUCAUCAUCAUCUGCAUGUGUGGUAACAAUCCCCAUAACUCUGAUUUGUAUUUUUGACCGAAUUAUGCCCCUUUUAUACUUAAAUUUUUUACAAACUUCGUUUUCUGGACAUAACUUUGGUACUAUAUAAGAUAAUGACUUGAAACUAAAUAUAUUUUCACCAUCAUCAUCUGCAUGUUUGGUAACAAUCCUAAUUACUCAGAUUUGUGUAUUUGAUAGAAUUAUGCCCCUUUGUGUAUUUUUCCUUUAAAGAAGUCUUCCUUAGAGGUCUCUUAUUCAGACAUAUAAUUAUUCAUUUUACUGUCAAAUCCCCGAAUAGUGGAGCGCGCUGUCUUAUGGACAGCUCUUGUAUAAAUUGCCACUCUAUAGUUAAUAAUGCUGUAAUUAUGUCCAGUCUAUACUGAACACGUUUAGUGGGCUAAUGAGAGAAAAAAUUGAAAAUAAAACUGAAAAGUUAUUUCUGAUGUGAUGCAAUAAAACAGUUAUUGAAUGACUUGGCUGUCAAUAGUGAUAACUACUGGUAUCAGACUGCAGUCCUUACCUUGGGCAAUAAGUUUGACUGUUGACCAACAAGCUAUUCAUUAAGUGUAUACUGUAUAAAUAUAGCUACUAUACAUAGAACUGUUAGUGUAUAUUCAGUAUUAUAGUAACUGGACUAUUAUAUGGACAUGAUAUUUGCCCGUGGUCCUCCUUAUCUUGGGCAAUAAGUUUGAGUAUUGACCAACAAGCUAUUCAUUAAGUGUAUACUGUAUAAAUAUAGCUACUAUACAUAGAACUGUAAGUGUAUAUUCAGUAUCAUAACUGGAUUAUAUGAACAUAUUUUCUCAAAUCAUAUUAAUUCUUCUCUUAUUUUAAAGGUAUACAAGACCCAAAUUUCAUAUCUGAAACUACAUUUACUUUAUGUAAACAUAAAAUUAUCAUGCUAUGUGUAUUGAAAGCACUAUGCAUUAGGUUUAUGAUAGUAUACACUUAAUACAUGCAUAGCUAAACACAGUAUAAAUGAUUGUGUACAACCACUCAAAUAUCUGGAAAUUUUUUAAACAUCAGCUGUGUCUGUAUGACAUUUCAUUAUGUAUUUAGCACUGUAUACACAGUACAAGAGGAUUUUCAAUACUGUAUAGUGGGAUAUAUUCACUGCCAAACAUUCGCGUUUUUUUUAAGAGUUUUGAAAUCACAUGUCGACCACGAAAUAUAAACCUUGGUUGUGAACCACAGAAAGGAACUCUUACUAGACAAGCAAAUAAUAAGAAACAGCGAAUAAGUCUGUUGAUGUCAUCUGAAUAGAGACGCAUAUAGCGUAUAAUGAUAUAAUAAUAAUGAUUCAAGACUUGUGCGAAAUUUAGUUCUGUAAUGCAUUAAAAUUAUUUAAAAUCUCACCAAAGUUUUAUUGAUAUUCAUUCAGGCAUUGAAAAAAAUGUUAAAUAGCUUCUUAUGACGUACUCUACAAAUCCCCAUGUUUAUACUUAAUUGAGCAAUUAGAAUGAAAACCAAAAGAAAUACAAAUAUCUCACUGUAGUGACUGUAUUUAUCUAAUUUUAAUUAUUUACCAAUGUGUGUUCAAAUGUCUGCAUUUGAUAAGAUAAUGAAAAUACCAAGAUAUAUUGACUUGUACUAGUAUACAUAUUCAUUUUAUUUCAAUAAAAUCAACAGUUCAUCAUCUGAGAAUUUUUUGUGUUUGUCAGGGGAAGUAACAAUGUAAGAAUGAGUAAAGUUUGUAGAGUGGUCUCCCUUGGUGAAAUGUAUAUAUUCGCCGUAUCAAAAACUCACGGUGUUUAGAUUUCACGCUGUCAAUGUUGAUCGCGAAUAUAGCGAAAAUCAAACCUCCUCGAAUAUAACCCACUAUACAGUAAUUAAAAGAUAAAUACUUCUGUGAAAGAUGUUUCUAUAGAAAUUUAUAUUUUUUGCAUUUGUGUAUGAAUGAAUGUGUGAAUAAUCCUUGAAAAAUACAAGUGAAAAAUAAAGUAUGCUGUAAAAAAAAAA